CAUUCUCGCCAUUUUGCAAUGUGAGCGACCGAGGCGACUUUUUUUUCUUUUUUUUUAAUGACUGUCGUAUAAAACUAACGCGAGCACUUGCAUGCUUGGAGGACAAAGAGCGCGGCGACUCGGACAUGGAGGACAUCAACAGCGUCGCCGUCCUCAUCGCCGCCGCUGCCGCUUCCUCAUCUGCGCCUUCGUCGGAGCCCCACGAGCAGCAGCAGCAGCGGCAGCAGCAGCAGCGGCAGCAGCAGCGCGUCGCCGACGCCUCCGAGUGCAAGCCGGACACCGACUCUCUCAUCCAGGUCAUUGAGAAGCUGAGUCAAAUCGUGGAGAAGCGACCCCAGCGCCGCUGCACCCUGACGGGACACAAGAGGUUCCAGCCGCGAGCAGAAGGAGACUCUCCUCACAAGAAGCCGAGUGUGGCGCUCGCGGAUGAUGGAGACCACAACAACAACAACAACAACAACCACGCGAACCACCGCGGCGAGCUCAAGCCUGCGGUCACGUGCUACCAAUGCAGCCUGUGCCCCUACCUGUCGCCCGCCCUUCCGCUGCUCAAGGAGCACCUGAAGCAGCACAACGAGCACAACCAGGACCUCAUCCUCAUGUGCUCCGAGUGCUGCUUCAGCUCCCGAGACCAAGCGCAGCUGGAGGAGCACGUCAGGAUGCACCUGGACAACGGCGCCGACGCCACGGAGGCUGAACGUGGACCCGGGAGGGAUGCCGAAGCGCUGGGCUCGGAGUGCGUGGGCGACGCCCAGCGGCAGCGGCAGGAGAAGAAAAAGAAGUGGUACAUUUACGAGGAGUACGGCUUGUACCGCUGCCUGAUCUGCAGCUACGUGUGCAGCCAGCAGCGUAUGCUCAAGACGCACGCCUGGAAGCACGCCGGACUCCUCGACUGCUCCUACCCCGUUUUCGAAGAAGAGGAGGAGGAGGAGGAGGAGGAGGUGGAAGAGACGGGAGCUACCUCAGUCGUCGUAGCGUCCGCAGGUCAAGAGGCGGAGUCCAAGACCGUCUCGACCGCCUUCAAAGCGCUUCGAGACUGCAGAUCGAGUCCGCCCCACCUGUCCAAAGAGGAGCCGGGCGAGUUCGCCGUCAAGGAUUUGAGUCCCGAAGAAUCUGAGACGGAGUUGCACGUCGCCACCGAGACGGAGGUGGAGGCCGAGACGGCGUCCACGGCUGACAGCCUGCUGACGUCGGCGCAGAAGAUCAUCAACAGCGACCCCAAAAGCGCCGGACACAUCAACGUGAUCGUGGAGCGUCUGCCGUCCGCCGAGGGCACCGCCAUGGCCGCCGCGCCGCUGCUGCUCGACCCGGAAGCGGACGCCGGCCAAAGCUUAUUGGAUGUCAAAGAAGAGAAGGAGCGCGCGCGAGGCGGCGACUCCCCUCCGGACGAGAACGUUCCGCCGGCCGGACGCAAGCGGACGCACUCGGAAUCGCUUCGCCUUCACUCGUUGGCUGCCGAGGUCCUGGUCGCCAUGCCCAUGAGGACCCAUGAGCUCAGACCCGAGGCGGCGUCCGUGAUGGAGCGUCAAGACGAUGUGGACGGGGAGCCGGGGUUCCUUCGCAAGACUCCCGAAGGCACGGCCUCCACCAACAACGCCGGCAUCAGCUCGUCUCUACUCACCGUCAUCGAGCGCCUUCGCGAGCGCUCGGACCAGAACGCCUCGGACGAGGACAUCCUCAAGGAGCUGCAGGACAACGCCAACGCCGCCCCGGAAUGCAUUCCGGGGGCGCCCCCCCCGGACGGCAGCCUGGUGGACUACGAGGCCGGCAGCGAGCGGCCGUAUCGCUGCCGCCUGUGCCGCUACAGCAGCGGCAACAAGGGCUACAUCAAGCAGCACCUGCGCGUGCACCGCCAGAGGCAGCCGUACCAGUGUCCCAUCUGCGAGCACGUCGCCGCCGACAGCAAGGAUCUGGAGACGCACAUGAUCCACCACUGCAAGAGCAGGACGUACCAGUGCAAAACGUGCGCGCAAGCCUUCCACUACAAGAGUCAAUUGAGAAGUCACGAGCGGGAUCAUCACAGCUUCGUCGGCGUUGACGCGCAAGCGCUGGCGGCCGUGGAUGAAACGGUCGCCGCAGCCGAGGAAGCCGAACGCGCCCCGGAUGAAGAAGGCGCUCUUCAGAAGACGUUUAAGUGCGACGCGUGCAACUACACCAGUGCCACCUACGUGGGAGUCAGGAACCACAGACGCAUACACAACUCGGACAAACCUUACCGGUGCUGCAACUGUGACUUUGCCACCACCAACAUGAACAGUUUGAAGAGUCACAUGAGGAGGCACCCUCAGGAGCACCAGGCCGUGCAGUUCCUCGAGCAGUACAGGUGCUCGCUUUGCGGCUACGUGUGCAGCCACCCGCCCUCCCUCAAGUCACACAUGUGGAAGCACGCCGGAGACCAGAACUACAACUACGAGCAGGUCAACAAGGCCAUCAACGAGGCCAUCUCGCAGAGCAGCCGAGCUCCUGUGUCGGCGCCGACGGGACCGGAAUCUCUGACGGCGUGCUCGCAGGAGAACGCCAAAAUCCCGGCGGAACCACCUCUGGAACCUCCCUCCGCGCUCCCCAAAUCCAACUCGGAGCCCUCGGCCCCGACCCCGCCAAGGAGCUCAGCGGUCCCGCCCCAGCCGCACGGUGGCGGCGUGGAGUACUGCAUGCUGCUCUUCUGCUGCUGCAUCUGCGGCCUGGAGUCGACCAGUAAGGAGCGGCUUAUGGAGCACAUGAAGGAGCACGAGGGCGACCUCAUCAGCAUCAUACUCAACAGUAAGGACGCGCACAAACACGCGCAGGCGGGCGCGGCGAACCCCGAAUGACCCCCUAGGAAUGACUCGAAUAUUUCACACGCUCGCUUACCUCAGUGGUCACGCGUAUCCCGUCACUCGUCUGUCAACCGGCUCCGCUGUCUCGUCAACAACAACAACGGUUGCCGUUUUUAUAGCAAUAGUAUGUCGCAGAAUGCACGCGAGACCUCCGCCAAAGGCCAGCCAAGCACAAUUUGGAUCACAUUCCAUUUUUUUUCUUAGAUGACACACAUUUAUUUUUCUCAUGGUUUUUUUUUCCCUUCAUUUAAAAUGGAGUGAGGUUUUAAUUUCAACGAAGUUAACUCCCACGACAGAAACAGUAGAACGAAGGACGGGCAGUGUAUUCAGAAAAUUGCGAAAUGAGUCAAUGAAGUGAGCAUGCAUGAGAAUUCUUAAAUGGCGCCACAUAGUGGAUGCCGCUCAUUUGUCCUUUUUUUGCUCCACAAAGUUCCGUCGUGUUUAUGUACACGCAAAGUGUACAAAAGUGUUUUGAGUUCUGACUCGCAAAGUGACUUUUUCCCCCAAAAAGACUCUUUGCGAGCGUUUAGUUUUUUUGUUCAAAAAAGCAAUUCGACCAAAACUCUAUAUAUUUUGAUGAAUGACAUAUUUUUUUCCAAGAAAAUCAAUUAAAAAAAAAUACGUUUCCCUGUCCUCAAAAGUAGUGACACCUCCAAAUGACAAAUCUGACCGCCCCCCCCACCAUUGACAAAAUCUUACUUUUUUUUUUUUCUUUAAAAAUCGAUUAAUUUAUUUUAUAGCUUCUAAGCAAGAAUGUCCUGGAAAAUACAUUACAGUUUUCUAGAAAGACUUGUAGACCCCCUCCCCCCGUGGUCUCUCCAAUUAAAAACUGACCACGAUUACAUAACUAAAGGCGGGAUAAUCGAUCAUCGAUAGUUCAUGAAAUCGAAUAAUAUUGCACGGCUAUGACGUUUUCCUCCAAAAGUCUAUUCUCAAAAUUGCUUCAAAAGCCGCCAGUUGUCAAAUGUGAUUGAUUUUGCCUUUUUUUUUUUUUUCCACAAUUCAAAUGAAACUUCCUUGGCGGAGGUAACACAAAAUCUGUCUCCAGUGGUGCUAGAGCGCUGGUCCAAGUUGAUACCUCGUACAAACAAAAACCAUGCUGGUGCAAGGCAGCUCGUGGUUUUUCUUUUUUUUUUUUUUUUUAAUAGCUACUGUCAUAUUUAAUGUUUAUUUAAUAACAUAAUGUGUUGAAACUCGAUCGCGGCUUGAGUUCAGACGUAUUUAUCUGUUUGUGCGCAUGUUUUUAUCACGACACUUUGAAAAGAAAAAGUGGAUUAUGAAUUGAAUUUGUUCGCUGUAUAUGUUUAAAACAUACGUUUUGUUUUUGUGAGGAGAGGAAGGGAAAAGGGACGAACAGAGGGAAUCUGCUUUUUCAUUUUCCCAGAAUGGUGCCUAAAAAAAAACAUGUACAGUGUCAACUUUCAUUUUUGAAAACUAUGUAUGCAUAUAUAUUGCCCCAACAUGUAAGUUCUAUUUUUGUAUGUAAUCUUUUUGGUCACUCUUUUAAAAGACUUUCUAGCUCAGAGGGAAAGGAAAAAAAAACUGCUGUUCCCGCCAACAUGAACACAGGCGACAAUAAAAUGUCAAGAUGCAA